AUGCCCAUGGGCAGGGAGUCUCCCUCAGCCCCCUGCUUUCCCCCUACACCCCUCAGCAUCACCCAUUAUUUUGCAGCCCUGGAGAAACUAUUCAGCUUGUGCAAACCUGCCGUCACUGGUGGAGGAGACAAGAUUGACUGGGCCUGCUUUUACACUGAUAACAACACCUAUGAAUUAUGGGCACAGAUUCAUGAUGGCAUGGAUGAUGUGGACAAGAACUUGUAUGAGGAUUUCAAGACCAAAACACUGAAGGACUACCCUGGUGCAGGAAAUAACAAACACCAGUAUGCAACUUGGGACCUUGACAACCUUGUUCACAAGGACUUCUACUCAAUUUCCACAUGGCUCAUCAAGCACAACCGGAUUUCUGUCCUUGACCAACAGAAGUCCCUCCUCUGCAUACUCAAAUUCCUGCCCACCAAAAGCUGCCUUUGGGACAAGAUGUUGAACAGGCUCAAACGGAAAUAUGACAGGGCUGUGGACAAACCUUGGACAAUGGCCAAAUUAAAGGAGACAGCAGAAUGGGCUCUGGGCAACACUACAACAAAGGUUCAGCCACUGUCCCCCGAUUAUUUGCAGGAUGCAUCACCAGCACCAGUACCUGUUGAUGUGAAAACAGAGAGCAACCCACAGGUUGCCAAUUUUACCGGAUGCAUGGCUAACCUGGAAGGAAUGGUUUCUGUUAGGGCAACACAGGCUGACUAA